AUGGCUUUAGAUCCCAGAACCUUAUUUCAGUGUGAACCAUCUGGGAAUGAUUUUGGAUCAGAAAAUCUAGAGUUUGAACCAAUCCGAAGACUUGCUAUCCGAAACAGAGAAGGAAUUUCUGCAUUUUCAAGCACUCAACUCAACUCAUUUCAAAACAGCAAUAACUCAUAUGCAAGGCAGGAACUACAAAAAAUCUACGAGUUUUUUCAUUCAUGGCUGCAACCAGAAAAGCACAGCAAGGAUGAAAUUAUUUCUCAAUUGGUCCUGGAACAGUUUGUAAUUAGUGGACAUUGUAAUGACAGGUCUACUCUGAAAGAGAAAUGGGAAUCAAGUGGCAGAAACCUGGAGAAACUCAUGGAGAAUAUGACUGAUGAUUGCAUGAAGGAGCCUGUUUUAGUCCACGUCUGCAUGCAGGGACAAGAGGCUCUCUUUUCUGAGAAUAUGCCCUUGAAAGAAGUCAUUGUACAUCUUACAAAACAGUUGUCAGCAAGAACCCUAACAGAAGAGAACAUGGAGGUCCCGUUCCAGACUGCCCACGAUACCCCCUUGGAAACAGGACAAGGACAAGAUGAUAAAGAGUGUGGCUGCAACAUUUCUUGGAAAACGACUCAAGUAAAUGGCAGUACUAGUCAAGGCAAUCAGAUGUCUUCCCUACUCAUUAUUCAGGAAGAGAAUAGUCCUAGGCCUGAAGACGAAGAUGUCUUUUGUGAGAACCCACAUAACUUGAGAAGAGCAGGGAUGGGCAUUUCCAGGUCCCAGGAAGGGCCCCUAAAGGGAUCCUUUUAUCAAGAUGUCCCUAUGGAAGUGGGAACAGGGUUUCUCUCCAAGCCAGACCAGUCUGCCCCUGAGUCUGUCCCUGUCAAUCAGAGAAGUGAGGGAAACUCCACAUAUGGGGUACAACAAGAAAGAUCCCCUGAAGCCCCCAAAUCAUAUAAAUGUGAGGAAUGUCCCAAGAUCUUUAAGUAUCUCUGUCACUUAUUAGCCCACCAGAGAAGACACAGGAAUGAGAGGCCAUUUGUUUGUUCUGAGUGUCACAAAGGCUUCUUCCAGACAUCAGACCUACGUGUGCAUCAGAUAAUUCACAAAGGAGAAAGGCCUUUUGCAUGCACCACGUGUGAAAAGUCCUUCAGCCACAAAACCAACCUGCGGGCUCAUGUGAGAAUCCACACAGGAGAGAAGCCCUAUACAUGUUCCCUUUGUCACAGAAGCUACCGCCAGUCAUCCACAUACCACCGCCACCUGAAGAUGCAUGAAAAAAUUCCCCUGAAAAAUGUUCCCUCCACACCAGAAGCUUCCUAA